GCAAGUGACUCCCAAGUGGGAUCUGGUUAAUCUUCCUCUGCUUUGCACUUUUUAUCUCUUGGGGUUUUUUCAAGGUUUUCAACUAUGGCUACUAAGGUCAUGCUACGUCAUGAGAGGAAGCACAAGCAUUUUGGUCAUGAUUAUCAUAGCACUGAAGCUAAAUAUAUUGCCCAAGAAUAUACAAGAAAAACAAGCUCUAAAAAAACAAAGAUCCAUCAGCAAACCCCAGCCCAAGUCAACAAACCUGCAGAGGAGGAGCCAGCCUACAGCGUGCCCGCAUUUAGGCAGAGGACUGCAGAAGAAGUGGAAGAGUAUCAGCGUAGUGCCGUCCAUUUUGGAAGAGAGCUGGAUGAGUUGCAGCACGAGGUCCAUCUGAUGCGACAAUCAACUCACCACCAAGUGGAAAAUAUAGCUAUACAGAGAGAGGCUGAAAUGAUGUCCUUCAAGAAGCAAAUUACUGAGGAGCUGGGCAAGAGUCCUGAUUUUCUGGUGAAUUUGAGGUCCCACACUGUGUGGGAGAAGUCACCUGUGAAGCUGUUCUGCACUGUCCAGGGACAUCCCACCCCUGUCGUGAAAUGGCUUAAGGAUGGUGUCGUCGUUGACAGACUGAGCUCACCUGGAAAGUACAUAAUGGAAAGCAAGUAUGGAGUACAUAGUCUGGUAAUCAGCAGGUGUGACAUUAAUGACUCUGCUCAAUACACUGCUGUGGCUACCAAUGCACAUGGCUCAGCCUCCACAAAGGCGUCUGUGGUGGUCAAGAGGCCUGGAGGGGAAGAGGAGCCAACCCCACCCUCGUUGUUCCCUUGCCAAAUCCCAUUGCUGUCUGAUAUACACCGUUCUAAACUUGACAUCACCUUCCUGGAUAAGUUUGGGGUGACAUUUGGGACUGAAGGUGACACAGUUCGUCUGAUUUGUAAAAUGACCGUGAACCCUGAUCUGGCAAAUCUUCAGCCAGAAGCUAUGUGGUACAGAGAUGAUCAUCUGCUGACAGAAUCAAAAUGGGUUGAGAUAAAGUGUGGAGGUGGCACUGCCCAGCUGACUUUGCCUCACCUCAACAAGGAUGAUGAAGGCCUGUAUACCCUCCGCAUGUGGACAAAGAGUGGAACUACUGAACACAGCGCAUAUGUCUUUGUAAAAGAUGCUGCUGUUCCAGUCGCUGGAGCCCCAGGUGCCCCCAUGGACAUCAAGGUCCGUGAUGCCAACCGAGAUUACGUCUUCCUUACCUGGAAGCCUCCCAACACCACCACCGAGGGGCCAAUCAUUGGAUACUUCGUGGAUAGAUGUGAAGCUGGAACUGAAACCUGGGUGCAAUGUAAUGACUCCCCUGUUAAAAUCUGUAAAUACCCAGUACACGGUUUGUCUGAGGGACACUCCUAUCACUUUCGUGUGCGUGCUGUGAACAGUUCGGGCAUCAGCAGGCCAUCUAGAAUCUCUCAACGAGUUGUUGCUUUGGACCCUACGGAUGUGGAAAGACUGCAAGUGAUAAAGCUGGGUGGAACACGUGAAAUUGUGAUUUAUCAAGAUGACCUGGAAGGUCAUGUGAAGAUACCUGGACCUCCAACAAAUGUCCAUGCUUCGGAAACAAACAAUUCAUUUGUGGUGCUCAGCUGGGAACCACCCCAUCCCCGUGGACGGGAGCCUGUGUGGUACCUCAUAGAGAAGUCUGUACCUGACAGUGGAGCUUGGCAGAGAAUUAACACUGGGGUGCAGCUGAGAUCCCCCCGCUACCCUGUGUUUGACUUGGAAGACGGUAAACAGUAUCUGUUCCGUGUGUUCACUGUGAAUAAGUAUGGCACCAGUGAGGCCUCCGUACCCACAGGACCUAUCAAAAAGCAGGAACCACUGGGUGUCCCCUCGGCUCCUGGUCAAGUUGUUGCUACAAGGAACACAAAAACAUCAGCAUUUGUGCAGUGGGCACCCCCUAAAAGUCCCAACAACCUCAUAGGCUACUACAUUGAUGCCUGCGUAGAGGGAACAAAGACAUGGACACCAUGCAACCACAAGCCAUAUAAACACACCAGGUUUGUGGUCCAUGGAUUGACUGCUGGAGAAACGUAUGUCUUUCGUGUGCAAGCUGUCAAUGAUUUUGGUCUCAGUGAUGAAUCCCAGGAGUCUGCUCCUCUCUUGGUUGAAGCUGCCCUAACGACCCCCUCUUCCCCUUAUGGCAUUACUCUUCUUUCUUGUGAUGGCAAAUCAAUGACUCUGGGCUGGAAGCGCCCCAAGUACUCUGGAGGCUCCAAAGUUAAUGCCUACUACAUUGACCAGCGUGAGGUGUCUGACUUGUACUGGAAGGAGGUCAAUGUGAUGCCCAUCAAGGAGCAAAUUUUCAAGGUUGAGAACCUGAAGGAGGGGGCCUUUUAUGAGUUUAAGAUUCAAGCUGGGAAUCUUGCUGGAGUAGGGCUACCCUCUGAGGCUAGUGCACAUUUCCUCUGUGAAGCCUGGAACAUGCCAGAACCAGGACCAUCCCAUGAUUUGUCCUUUUCUGAGGUCAGGAAUGACUCUUUGGUCAUUCAGUGGAAGGCUCCAGUGUACACAGGUGAAAGGCCAAUUACAGGAUACUUUGUGGAUGUGUCUAAAAAGGGGUCAGAUCAGUGGACCACUGUGAAUGAAGCUGCUGUGGGGCACCGUUACCUAAAGGUGACUGGCCUGGAAAAAGGUGAAACUUAUGUUUUCAGAGUGCGUGCAGUCAAUUCAGCAGGAGUUGGAAAGGCAUCAGAUAUCUCUGAACCUGUGUGUGCCAAAGCAUUGCCAGGUACUAAGGAGAUUCACACUGGUGUGGAUGAAGAUACAGGGGAUAUUUACAUGUCCUUUGAAGCCUGUGAAUUUUCUGAGAUUUCACAGUUUGUCUGGUCAAAAUCCUACAAAGAAAUCACAGACUUCUCCAGAGUCAGUAUUGAAGCAAAAGGAAAUCGUUCUAAGCUUAUUUUCAAGAACCCUGACAAAGAUGAUCUGGGGACAUAUUCUGUUGCCGUGACCGAGACUGAUGGCGUCUCUGCCAGCCAUGUCAUCAAAGAGGAAGAUCUGGAGAAAAUGCUUGAACUCAGCUAUGCCAUCAGACAUCCAAUUGUUCCUUUGAAGACAGGGCUGUCUUAUGAGAUCCUGGAGAGAGGCCGUGUCCGGUUCUGGACACAGGCUUUGAAAAUGUCCUCCGCUGUCUCUUACAGAUUCAUUGUCAACGACAAAGAGGUCACAAGCAGUGAGAGCCAGAAGAUAAGCCAUGACACCUCCACUGGUGUCAUUGAAAUGGUGGUGGAGCGUUUUACAAAAGAGAAUGAAGGCACUUACACGGUUCAGAUCAAUGACGGAAAAGCCAAGAACCAGAGUUCCCUGGUCCUUGUUGGAGAUGUAUUCAAGGCAGCUUUAAAGGAAGCUGAAUUCCAAAGAAAAGAAUACAUCAGGAAACAAGGUCCUCACUUCCAGGAGUAUCUGUCAUUCUACGUGGAGGAAGAUUGUACUGUGAUGCUCAUUUGCAAGGUUGCCAAUGUGAAGAAAGAGACUGUGUUCCACUGGUACAAGGAUGAUGAGGAGAUUGUUCUUGAAGUACCAGUUAAUCCUAUGGCUGGAACCUGCGCACUCCCUAUCCCCCUGUUCUCCAGGAAAGACCAGGGUGUCUACAAAGCAACUCUCAGUGAUGACAGAGGGAAAGAUGUAUCUCUGUUUGAUAUUUCUGGCCAAGUGUUUGAAGAUAUAAUCAAUGACAUCGCUCAUAUUGCGGGAUCAUCUGCAUCUGAACUUGUGCUUCAGUGCACUCCAGAGGGUAUUAGACUCCAGUGCUACAUGAAGUACUACACAGAAGAAAUGAGAACUCAUUGGUUCCACAAGGAAAGUAAGAUCUCCUCAUCUGAAAAGAUGAGAAUUGGUGGCACCUCAGAGAUGGCCUGGAUGCAGAUCUGUGAGCCUACUGAUAAAGAAAAAGGACAUUACACCAUUGAGAUUCUGGAUGCCAAGAAGUCCCAUUCUCGCAGCUUUGACCUGUCUGGACAAGCCUACAAUGAUGCCUAUGCUGAAUACCAGAGACUCAAGGCUGCAGCAUUUGCUGAAAAGAACCGUGGCCGAGUGGUUGGUGGUCUGCCUGAUGUUGUUACCAUCAUGGAAAAGAAGACUCUGAGUCUGACCUGUACAGUGUGGGGUGACCCAAGCCCAGAGGUCACCUGGUUCAAGAAUGAGCAGGAGGUGGUGUCUGAUGACCACAACUUGAUUUCAUUUGAAUCGGGCAAGUUUGCCAGCCUCACCAUCAAGUCUGUGUCCUCAGAGGACUCUGGGAAGUACAGCAUUAAUGUGCGGAACAAGUAUGGUGGGGAGUUUGUGGAGAUCACCGUAAGUGUCUACAGGCAGGGCGAGGAGAUUCCAGAGCCAAAACUUGGACAAAUGCCCAAGGCAGCCGUGCCCCCCAAGUCCCCAGCUCCCCCACCCCAAGCUGCUAAGUCCCCCACCCCCCCUGUCAGUGCAAAGUCCCCCACUCCCCCCGUCGGUGCUAAGUCCCCCACUCCCCCUGUCAGAGCAAAGUCCCCCACUCCCCCUGUCAGAGCAAAGUCUCCCACCCCGUCUCAAGGUUCUAAAUCCCCCACCCCACCCAGAAGUAUGAAAUCACCUACCCCCCCAAGAAAAAAGUAAACAACAGAAAACAAUUGCAGAUUAAUAUCUGACAACACUAGCAGCAAUGAAAACAAGUAAUUCAUAGCAUGAGUUUGAGAACAAAGUAUGUUAGAUGUCAUUUUUCACUAAGAAAGCAGUUUUGGUCUUUUCAUUGGACAGCAGAUACAGCUGUAAAACUAGUCUUAACCUGUUUAACAUAAAUCAAGCUUCAAAUUAACUUGACUCCACAUCUGCCAAAGAACUUUGUGAAAAAUGACCAGCUUUGAUGUUAGUUUAUUAUUUGUACUUUAGAAGCUAUAUCCUACAUUAGCCAGUGGACUCUGAACAGAGUCAUUGUCAUUCAGUGGAACCAACUGGUGCCAUUAGCAGGUACAGCUAGCCCUGUCACUGACUCAGAAAUAUCACACCACUGUUGUUUGCUGCAUUGUGUUCCCUUUUUGAUGUGUGUUAAUAAAACCCUUAGA